CGAGCUCUAUCCUCGAGCACCGUGCAGGCGACGCUACCCCACUCGAGCGUGUUCGGCUGACGGCCAGACAUCCCAUUCACAGUGUAAGUUAGCUAGCAGCAUCAGCUAAUCAAAUCACAGGACUGUACGAGAGAUAACGCGUACGUUCCACUGUUUUCUGGCGAACUGUAACUAAGCACUUUCGUAUCUGUAAGGAUUAACGUUAACGCAAGCGUUAUCUUGAAAAAGGAGAGAUUCCCCUCGUCGUGUCAAGUGGCUGCGAUGAUUUGGACCAAGGAUUUCGUCUUGGUGUCGCUUUUUAUUGUCACUGCAGGUGCUUUGCAGGUGGACAUCAUGCCUGCCCAGGGAGAGAUCAGUGUCGGAGAGGGCAAAUUCUUCCUCUGUGAGGUUGUUGGAGGUUCCAAGGAGAUCGAUUGGUUUUCUCCGUCGGGGGAGAAGAUCGAGCCAAACCGCCCGGACAUCACGGUGACUCGGAGCGACGAGGCCACGUCCACUCUCACCAUCUACAACGCCAAGCUGGACGACGCCGGAACCUACAAGUGCAUGGCUCGCCGUGGCAACGACGAGGGAGAGGCCACGGUCAAUGUCAAGAUCUACCAGAAAAUCACCUUCAAACAUGUGCCGACGCCCCAGGAGUUUAAUGAGGGUGAUGACGCCAUCAUCGUCUGCGAUGUGGUCAGCUCACCGCCACCUCACAUCAUCUGGAAGCACAAAGGCACCAAGAUUCAGAUGGAGAAGGAUGUGCGCUUUAAGGUCCUGACCAACAACCACCUUCAGAUCCGCGGCAUCAAGAAGACGGACGAGGGCACCUACACAUGCGAGGCUCGCAUCAUGGCACGUGGAGAGAUCGACCUCAGGCCCAUCAGAGUCGUCGUCAACGUCCUGCCCACCAUCCGGAUCAGGCAUGUGGAGGUGAACACCACUGGAGAGGCGGGCCAUUCGGCCAUGCUGGCCUGCGACGCUGACGGAUUCCCCGAACCCAUCGUCACCUGGACCAGGAGCUCCGUGCUGCUGGAAGAAGGAGAGAAGUACAGCUUCACCGAUGACGGCUCCGAGAUGACCAUCCGAGAAGUGCGCAAGCUUGACGAGGGGGAGUACACAUGCAUCGCCUCUAACAAGGCCGGCCAGAGCGAGCAGGAGCUCAGCCUCAGGGUGUUUGUGAAGCCCAAGAUCACGUUCCUGGAGAACCAGACGACCACGGAGAUGGAGGAGCAGAUCACACUCACCUGCGACGCCACCGGAGACCCCACCCCCACCAUCACCUGGAGCUUCGGCAACCGUGUCUUCUCCGAGGGAGAGCAGGAGCCUCCUAACUGGAUCUAUCAGGCUUCUUGGACUCGGCCAGAGCAGCAUAAGAGCUCGGAUGGGAACGUGGUGGUGCGGAGUGAUGCGCGGGUUUCCUCACUCACGCUGAAGUAUGCCCAAUACACUGACGCCGGCCAGUACGUGUGCACCGCACGCAACGCCAUCGGACACGACGCACAGGCCAUGUACCUGGAAGUCAGAUAUGCCCCUAAGCUCCUGGGUUCUGUGACCGUGUACACGUGGGAGGGUAACCCCGCCAACAUCAGCUGUGAGAUUCUAGCUCACCCCAGUGACGUGUCGCUGUACUGGCUACGAGACGGCAUUCAGCUGCCCUCCCCCAACACCACCAACAUCAAGAUCUACAACACACCCGCCGCCACCUUCUUGGAGGUGACCCCUGAAUCUCAGAAUGACUUUGGGAGCUACAACUGCACAGCCUCCAAUGAGAUCGGCACAGAGUCCAAAGAGUUCAUCCUCGUCCAGGCUGAGGUGCCGUCGUCUCCAUCCAUCGACGUAGUGGAGCCGUACUCGAGCACGGCGCUGGUGGAGUUCCAGGAGCCAGAGUCUGCGGGCGGCGUGCCCGUUCUCAAGUACCGCGCCGAGUGGAGAGUGGAGGGCAUCAAGGACGGCAAGUGGGCACAGCGCGUAUACGACGCCAAAGAAGGCGUGAGCACUAUCACUAUCACUGGUCUGAAGCCAGAAACGCACUACGAGGUCCGGAUGUCUGCCAUCAAUGGCAAGGGCGAGGGGGAGAGCAGUCUGCCCACUGUCUUUAAGACGGAGCCUGUCCCUGAAGGAGAGCCCAACACCCCUAAGCUGAAGGGGAUUCUGCAGCCACAGGGAAACACCUUCAAGGUCACCUGGAUCAAACAGGACGACGGAGGCUCACCCAUCACACACUACCUGGUCAGGUACAAACCGAAGAAGUCGUCGGAGUGGAAGCAGGAGAUGCGCAUGCCCGGUGGCAGUGAGUACGCCUUGCUGAACGGGCUGGACUGGGACACCGACUACGACGUGCUGGUGGUGGCAGAGAACAUACAGGGCAAAUCCCCGCCAGGCAACCUGUCGUUCAGGACUUCAGCAGAGCCCGCCGCCACGCCAGAUUCCCUGGGCGACGGGUCAAACCUGAACACGGGCGUGAUCGUGGGCAUCCUGAUUGUGGUGUUUGUGCUGCUGCUGGUUGCCGUGGACAUCACCUGCUACUUCCUGAACCGCUGUGGACUGCUCAUGUGCAUCGCGGUCAACUUCUGCGGCAAGAGCGGCCCUGGCAGUAAGGGCAAGGACAUCGAGCAGGGCAAGGCCGCCUACAUAAAAGACGAUUCUAAUCAGCCAAUCGUGGAGAUGCGGACAGAGGAAGAGACCACCGCCAACCACGACGCGGGGGGUCAUACUGAACCUAAUGAGACCACCCCUCUCACCGAGCCAGAGCAGCAGGCUGACCCUGCGGCGGCUGCUCUGGACCUGCCCUUGUCUGUGGCCACUAACUCCGACACGUUUGACACCAGCCAGAACAGCCCCACCAGCGAGAGCACCACCCUCACCUCCGCACCCCCCUCAGAAUCCACCCCCGCCCCGAAACCACAAGCACCCGCUCCACCUGCCCCUGCCCCCGCCACCCCCCCUCCCAGCAGUGCCACCCCCCCGGCUAAGGUACGCCCCCUGGUGGAGCUGGGCGGCAGUGCCCCGUCCACCCCCCCCAUCGCCCCCCCUAGAGUGAAGAGCAGAACCUCCUCUGCCUCAGGCACACCCCCCAGCGCCACGAAACGGGUCGCCCCCGCCACCCCCCCUGUCCAGGCACGCGCUCCCGGCACCAACCCUCCCGCUGGCACAGAGCCGCCCCCCCAGGAGAAAUCGGCGACUGACCAACCCCCCCGUGACUCCGCAGCCCCCCCUGACCCUCAAUCCAACCAGAAGAGUGUGUCGGACGAGAAGAGCAAGCUUAUGGCCGAGGACGCCAACGUGAAGACAGCCCCUGCUCCCGCCGACCCCCCCACUGCCCCCGCCACGCAAGCCAACAGCACCGAGAGCCGAGCAUGAUCCCGCCGGCCGCUCACGCACACACACACACACACACACACACACACACACAAACACACACACACACCCGGCCGCUCCCUCCUCGGCCAGGCCAGGGUGUGUUGUCUGUUUCCAGUGCCCUUAAUGCAGUCUCAUGACCAACCAACCACCACGUCAAUCUAACCGUGUGUGUGUGUGUGUGUGUGUGUCUGAAGCUGUUUUACAGCUCAAUCUGAGGACAUUCUUACACACCGGCUGUUGGUUUCCAUGUAAACACACGUAUACACACACACACACACACACACACACACACACACACACAUACACACACAUCAUCCAAAGGAAAGAUUGCAUCAUAUCUUCGUGUCCACCCUAUGGUGUUCCCGGGGCUGUGAGGUUUUAGCUGGACAUUUGUGGCCGGGAACAGAUAAAAUAAUGAGAUCACUACAUGUAACUAUUCAGGACAGAUGAAUACAAUAGGAUAUACGCCCUAUAGUUAUUUUAUGAUUUACCAUAUCACCUUGUUCAAGUGUAAAAUGAUGAUUUCUCGUAUUUUUUUUUAUCUUCUUGUGGGAGGGCUAAACUCCUGAGGUAGUAUGCUGGUUGAUGCCAUGUUCCUUUGUAUUUGUACUUUCACCUGUUUAUGAUGACCAUGCGCUUUCGCUUCAGCGCCCAACAGCUAAUAUGGAAGAGCACCAGGGAGUCAGGCAUGCUCUGUGUAUGUGAGAGAGUGUGUGUGUGUCUGUGAGAGUGUGUGUGUGUGUAUGUGUGUGUGACAGGUCCUGUUCUCAUUCCUGCAAAUGUGGGAGCUAUUUUUAAAUGAAUGUCACCAUCAGGAGUUUGACAUCUCUUCACUAUGGUUGUUCUCUCAUAGGUAUCUAAUCUUGGACUAUUUUUAACUCCUAAGGUAAAUAUAUACCCUUACGGACAUUGACAACUAAUAACAUCAUUAUUUAAACCCAUAGUUAGUCCUUGUGAGUGUGCAGAAGAAAUGAAAAAUGUCUCAUUUUUUGUACUGUGUACUUCAGAGAGCAGUUUGUUUUUCACUGUUGACUGCAAGCUUGUGCACUGUGAUUGUGUUAAUAAAUAGUUCUUUGUUAUACGUUAAAAAGUGAACGAAAAAAAGAUGAGGUUCUGCUGCCCAGUCGGGUCCAGCAGUUCUGCAGUGCGUCCUGUUUCCUGUGCGACUGUUUUUUUUUUUUUUUUAAUUAAAAAAAAGAUCAGAGUGCGAACUCAGGAUGGCCCACCAAAACUGUGUAUUGCUCUGUGGUCGUUGCCAUGGUGUCAGUUAUUGCAUGGCCGUCUGAUUGGUUGUUUUUUGGCAUUAAAGGAAGAGAUUCGCCCCCUCCAAUGCACCUCCCUCCAGCCCGCAGCUCCAUGACGACGGCUGCCGACUCCAUGGUUACAGAGCAGCUUACACCUCUGGGCCAGAUAAGAGGCCAGAUCUGAGCCAAGCAUCACACACAUACACAAGACACUCCACAUGAGAACUCAAACACACACACACACACACUCCACAUAACACACGCAUCACAGCUAAUACACAUUCUAAACAACCCUCAACAACCCUUCUUCAGCUCCCACACAAGCUCCUGUCCACACACACUACUCACAUGCUCACUCCAGUACACACACACACACACACACCUCCAGCGGAUGGACCCUCUGCAGACACACACUGCACCUGUAGUGCAGGCUGUGGUGCCACCUGUGGCUUGAGCACACUGCAGUGUGUCCUGGGUGGGGUUGGUGCCGGGGCAGUUAGGGGUGGAGGGGUAAUUAGCAGGACGCCUCUGGGCUGGAGAAGGGAGCUGCUGCGGGGUUGAUGGGGAAUAUUUCCCAGAAUCCUCAGAGCCAGGAGGGGGACGGGGUCUGGCCUUUAAGGUGAUUAAAUCUAUGCUUGUACUUGACUGUAAAUUUGAAGCUUUUGGGUCCUAUAGGGGGGUGGGGGGGGGACAACUCUGGGAAUGUAACUGUGUUUGUGCUCACUUUCCACGUGCAGAAAUGCUUCUCAUUUUUUAAAUCUCUUGGCAAGGACAUCAAACACUACUGCUCUAUCUCCCAACCUGUUACACACACACACACACACACAAAGCUCUGUAGUAGGUGAACAGCUGGCUGAGGCAAGAAAAGAAAGUUGUGCAUAGUGACCCUUCUUGCUCUGACAGCAAGUGCUUAUUUUUUUAUUGUUUAUUUUUGUUUGUUUGUUUAUUUUGCUUCUUUUCACUCUGGAUUUUCUUUGAUAGCUCAGACGCAGGCUUGUAGAAAGUUGUCAUACCUCAUUUUACUGGGUCGAUCUCAGACAGGGGGUCCAGAGAGGGAGGCAGGGGGACUUCAGAACGCUCAAGAACCAUAGACUGUAUAAGCAAGAACAUAUGGGGCAAAUGAAGUGGUCAUUUCCCAAUUCAGGUAAAUAGUUCUGUUCUUUAGUUUGUGUUCGACUGAUAUGUAAGUUCACAGUAUCAACGCUCAACUCUUUUCUACCAGUCCAGAUAUGGGAUUAAUUUGGACUCUCCUCUGUCCAGCUGGUGGGUCCUAACACGGUUACCCGUCCAUCAAAUCUGGUUUUGGCCAUGAAAGUGUUACCGCUGAAUACUAACCCUGUUGAAAAAAAAAUAUUAAAGGAUCUCUUUUUUUCAAA